UUAUAAACGUACCUAUAGGUAAUUUAUUGAUAAACAACAAAUAUGCAAAGACCAAUCGCAAUUUUUGGUGCAUUCGUCGCCUCAUAUAUAAUAGGUAAAAUUGUAAAAAGACGCGUAGUCCAAAAAACACAAAAAAAGAAAAAGAGAAAAACGUGGCAAGAAAAAUGGCUAAAUAGAAGAGAUAUGGGUCGAGGAGUUUUGUCACUUUUAAAAGAAGAAUUACAGUAUGAAGAUCCAGACGCUUACAAAAUUUUUUAAGAAUGGAUAACCAAAUAUUUAUGGAACUUUUAAGCCUUCUUGACGAUACUAUAAAAAAGCAGGAUACUCAUUUACGUCAAAGUAUUUCAAGUGACAAAAGACUAGCAGUAACAUUACGGUAUUUGGCUAGUGGAAAUACGUUUAGAGAUUAAUGUUGGAAUUCUGUGUAAAAUAUCCGAGAUCGUAAGCGGGUUUACGGGCACUCGUAAGAUCGGAACUAAAAAAGGCAAUUCUGUGUCCGCCCGGAUCUUACAAAUUCUCGGAAGUCCCUACGGCUUGUCGUAAAUUCUUACGGUGACAGAUUAUCUGACCUAAACUUAUCCGAGCGCAUCAAAAUGAAUAAUAUGCGCUUCUAUUUACAUAUUGGUGCUCUUCUCGAAGAAGAUAAUGAUCGUAAUUUCAUGAGAAUAACGAAGAGACAGUUAAGGGACUCGCUUAAUGUUUUUGAAACAAGCGAGAAAGACUUUAAACAAAUGUUUCGUUUGGACAAAGUAAGUGUAAUGGGUUUGAUCGAGGAAAUAGGCCCCCAUUACCAAAACACAGGAAGUAUUCCGCUUCAUUUAAAGGUUCUAACAACACUAAACUUUGUUGCCACUGGUUCAUUUCAAAAUCCUGUAGGAAGUAGCUGUUGGAUUUCUUUGAGUCAGCCAUCAGUUUCAAGAAUAAUACACGAAAUAACAUCUUUAAUAUCACAACAUUUGUUGCCAGAAUGGGUUCAAUUUCCGACUGACUUCGAAACAAAAAAUAAUAUUAAACAAGGAUUUUACAACAAGUGGAAUGUACGUGGUGUUCUUGGAGUUGUAGAUGGAACUCAUGUUGAAAUUCUUGCUCCACCUACGAAUGACGUUCACCAUCCCCCUUUUGUUUAUAUAAACAGAAAAGGAAAACACUCAAUAAAUGUUAUGCUCAUUUCGGAUUCUAACACAAAAAUUAUUGCUUGCAAUGCCAGAUAUCCUGGGUCCGUCCAUGAUUCUGCAAUAUGGCAAAUGAGUAAUAUUAAAACUUAUUUAAAGCGGGAGUAUGAUAAUGGAGAUAAGUCCACGCAUUUACUUGGUGAUAGCGGAUACCCCCUUGAACCAUGGCUAUUUACUCCCUUUUCGAAUUUUGAGCAAGGAAGCCCAGAAGAACGUUUUAAUAACCAAUUCAAGACGGCUCGAAAUGUUAUUGAAAGAACCAACGGCAUAUUAAAAGGACGUUUUAGAUGUUUGUCAAGGCACAGAGUUCUUUUAUACCAUCCGAGUAGAGCAGCUAACAUCAUUUAUUCUUGCUGUGUUCUUCACAAUAUUGCUCUCCGGGCAAGGAUUCCUCUUCCGGAGGAAGAAAUAGAAUAUAGAGACGAGAUUGGCAUAGAAGGCAAUUUGGAGUACAAUGAUGUUCUGCAAGAAGGGAGGGCUACAAGAGCUAGAUAUAUAAGAAAUAAUUUAUUAUUAUAAAAUACAAAAAAAAAACUCCAAGACAUUUAUGUUAAAAAAAAGACUAUUAAUCAAAAUCAAAUUU